GGCGUCGACGUCGUCGUCGGCGUCGGCGUCAUGCCGGGGGCGUCGCACCAUCGUCGUCGGCAGCGAGCGUCUCGACCGAGCGUCCUCGUCUCGCCAGGCCAGUGACAAGCCGGGAGCCGUCGAGAAGGUCGAUCCACCUCCGGGAAGCGGUGAACCGAGCACGACCAAGUUCCUCGACGAGGACGGCGAGCAGGAUUUUACGUGUGGUUCGCGCGUAUUCGUCGCGUACGCUCCGGUCCCGCCGGAGAGUCUUCGGGUGGCGAGAGAGAGAGGAAGAAAAAUGGAGCGCGCGGCCGGAUCGAUCGCGAUAUGAACGGACGGCCGACUACUCGUGAGUGAACCGUGAGCGAGUGCCAGUUCCCCCUGACGAGGGUGAAACGAGCGAUUCUCGUGCCGUGCCGGCGCCAUUGAACGUCACCACGAGCUCGCCACGGGGACGGCGUCGUCGCGAACGUGCCGCGCCGUGCGAUCAUCCCGGUCUCCCCGCGAUUCUGCGUCCCGACGCCGGGACAGAGGGAGGGACAGGGAGCUGUGUGUGCGGUGAAAGUGCUCAUCGCGUGAUUAGGUCGAGGUCGUGUCGUCGCUGGGACCGCUCUCCAUCCGGUGACCUUCAUGCCGGAGAUGAAGCUCGAGGGUAGGUGACGUCCCUCGCGAUUCGGACUGACUUGCUCGCGCAAGCCGCUCGUACCCGCUUCCCGAGACGUAUUCCGCUGAGGGAAAGCCGCGGUGAAAGUGUGUCAUCGACGCGACGCAACGCGACGCGUCACAGAGCGACUCGAGGGGGUUGAAUCGCUAGGCACCCUCCGUUCGAAACGAUGCGAAAGGGCUCCCUUGGCGUGGCAACUGUUAACGUGGAUUCUUACGCGCAGUCAGUCUGGGGAUUAUCCGGGAGACGGGAGAUUCAAGGGGGAAGCAACUGGAAGUGCUAUUGACGAUCCUCUGCAGUCCUUGAGUCUUCAACGUGCUUGCCUCCACGACAGGAGUUGCGGUUAGACUCUCGAUUGGAUGACCGAAAGACUCGUGCAGUGAAUACGCAUAUUCGUGGAUUGGUUCGUACAAAUUCUUGAGGAGAGUUUUCGGUAGUCGUGUUGCCAGUCGUCUUUUCAGCGGGAUGAGUUCGACGAGAUAAUCAGUCGUCUUCUGGGAAUUCAAGGUUCGAAGGAAGCGAGAAGUACUCGCCGUGUGCCGCGACGGAUUGUAAAGGAAGGAAGCUUGCUUUGUGAAAUGUCCGACUAGAACGCUGGCAUUUCUCCUGCUGUUGGAAGUAUAUUAACGUGUCUGUGACCAGAGUUAAUGAUCCUCGUAACGACAUGCUAUUAGUACAUGGAAAUCGCACUGUACUAGUCGAUCAAUCCAUCAGAAAAAUUAAUUGAUACGGUUGAAAGCAGUGCUAUCCUAUAGUCCUCCAAUUCGUUUGAAUCUACACUUGAAUCUAUGCAAAAGCACUAAAGUGACAUAGUAAACAUCUAUUUAAGGCGUUCCUUCUUUGGCAAAUCCCACUGUCAAUUAGUCAACCUAUUGGCGUAGUUCAAAAAGCAUAAGCAUCUUAGGGGAAGAAAGUGCUGUGGAUUCUCAUCGCAUUUCCAAUACCAAUACUCCAGAGUAUACUUUGGAGGCAGACAUCCAUGAAUUUUGACGCAUCCAGCAAAUUGACUGAACUUGAAAUUGAAGACAUAUCCAGAAAUAUCGAUUUUUAUUGAGCCAAUUAAUGAAUUUUACGUUAAUUGGAGUAAUACUAUACAAGAUAAAGUAUACAAGUAUUAUACUCUACGAGUAAUUCUUAUCAAAGUACAUUAUUUCCUAAACAUCUGUCACCAAAUUUUCCCAAACGAGGAUUCUGGGGUGUUUCAACAAAGAUAAGUUACAAACGAGCGGAAUCUGAUUGAAAACAGCAGAACUACCCUCCUCGUAGAUCCGUCGAGUUCUCCAGACGGUGUCGGGAAACGGUUGAUUUGCACCGCGAGUUUUCCCCAGUGACAAAGUCGCGAAGGCUCAAAGAGCGUUCCGUCGAUCGGCGGUACUUGGAUAUUCGCGCGGCGAGAGGCGCACGUACGAGCCAACGCGUACGCAAAACGCCGAACCCCAUAUCGCACACUCUCGACACGCGAUCCGCGCGCGUGCGUGCUCACGUGCUACGGAUGCAGCCGGGUGGCACAACGUGGCCAGCUCUACGCACCCACCCCUCGAGCGUCUCCUUCGCGGGAUGCGUGUGAACGCGUGACGUUCACGCGCGCACACGAGAGCCCACGAGUGCGGACGGGCGAAUGAACAGGACCCAGCCAGUCCAAGAGCGAAUCAUGCAUCGCGCUCCGCUUCCGUUGACGCCGCUCUUGCUGGCGGUGUUGCUCGCCUGCCAGGUGGCACGCUCCUUCGUGCUGGAGGGCUCCGCGACCAGCUACGCGCAGUUCCGCAAAUGGAACGCUGGCCUAAACGGCACCCUGGAGUUCGAGUUCAAGACCGAGCAGGGUAACGGACUGCUGCUCUACACGGAUGACGGCGGCACUUACGACUUCUUCGAGGUGAAACUGGUCGAGAGCGCUCUCAGGCUGAGGUACAACCUCGGCGGCGGCGCGCAGAUUGUCACGGUCGGCCACGACCUCGGCGAUGGCCACUGGCACAAGGUGCAGAUCACCAGAUGCAACGAGAACACCACCCUGACCGUGGAUGGCGUCAGCGCGGUCUCCACGUCGCGCGGCAAGGAGUUCGAGUUUGGCAAACUCGCCGGGAACUCGGACGUCUACGUCGGCGGUAUGCCGAGCUGGUACAACAGCAAGCUUACGCUGCUGGCGCUACCCAGCGUGAUAUUCGAGCCCAGAUUCAAUGGAUUUAUUAGGAAUCUCGUGUACGCGGAUGGGGAGAACACCGUGCCUAGGAGACAGGAGAUGAAGAGUCGGGACGCCAAGUGCGGUGGUUUCUCAUGUGUCGAGAGCGCCAAUAAACGCAAGUCGCCAAGGAGUUUACGUAACAUGGUGAAUACGACAGAUGCUUGCGAAACUCGCGAUCCAUGUCAGCAUGGCGGCAUUUGCAUUUCUACAGACAGCGGACCGAUCUGCGAGUGCCGUACCGGUGAUUACGAAGGUGCAUAUUGCGAGAAAGAGGCAUGGAGCACAGUGCUACCCACGGCGGGUGCUGGCGAUUACUGGGCUUGGGAUUACAACAAAGCCCCCUCGGAAGCGUCCUUCAGGGGGACUGAGUAUCUCACGAUAGAUUUGAGCAAAGGGGACCCAGUGCUCAGUACACAAGAAUCUAUAAGCCUCCAGUUCAAAACGAGACAGCCAAAUGGACUUUUAUUUUAUUCCGGAGAGGGCGAUGAUUAUCUUACCAUGUCGCUGAGAGACGGAGGCGUCGCGGUUGGGAUGACGUUGGCCAAAGGAAGAUUGGAUCUGCACAUAAAGCCGGCCAGGGUCCGGUUCGACGAUAAUCAGUGGCACAAGAUCGUCGUCCACAGGAAGGUUCAAGAGAUCUCCUCGAUAACCAGCUUUUGCAGGCUCUCCGCCCUUGUCGACGGAAUUUAUGCUGAACAUGGGCACACCGCAGGAUCGUUCGUACAUUUGGCAAGUGACCGACUUCUUGUCGGUGGAGGCGCUGAUGCGAGGUCCUUGCAGGGCGCCAAGGGGAUCAACAACUUUGUCGGAUGUCUGAGAAAGGUGGAGUUUGCAGCGGAGGGAAUCAAGAUGGAGCUGAUCGAAGCUGCCAGAAGCGGAGCUGCGGGUGCCGCAGCUUGGGGCAAGAUGGAUUUCCACUGUCGUGAGCCCAAAGCCUCGGACCCGAUCACGUUCACCACUAGGGACUCGCAUCUCAAGGCUGGAGCGACGAUAGGUGUGAGGCGACUCCACGGCACUUUGGUCACCUUCACCAGCCCAGAGUCCCACCUGGUUCUGCCACCCUGGAAGGCCGCCAAAUCCGGGAGUAUAUCUUUCAAAAUUCGCACGAACGAACCCAAUGGACUGAUCAUGUACAGUCGCAGCGGAGCGCAUACAAGACAAGAUCUGUUUGCCUUCGAGAUUCUUGGCGGACACCUUUACCUACAUGCCGAUCUUGGAAGUGGCUCCGUUAGAGUAAAGGCAUCGAAAACACGCAUCGAUGAUGGCGUUUGGCACGAUGUUGCCUUGAGAAGAGUCGAGAGAGAUGGCCGGGUCACAGUUGACAGUUCGACAGUCGAGUUUCGCACGCCAGGUGAUUCCACGCAACUAGACUUGGAUGGUUUGUUAUACAUCGGGGGUGUUGGUGCACCAUUCGCGCCCUUAACAGUUCCGCCAGUAUUAUGGACAGGCGCCCUUCGGCAGGGCUACGUGGGUUGCUUGAGAGAUCUUGUCAUCAAUGGACAUCCAGUAGACAUCGCAGGAUAUGCGCAACAACAGGAUUCCGGUGCAGUGAGACCUGCAUGUCACACUCAACCUCCGCAUUGCCUUUCGCAGCCAUGUAUGCACGAUGGCCUUUGUGUUGAAGGGUGGAAUCGAUUUCAUUGCGAUUGUACCAGCACGCCAUUCACGGGACCUACUUGCGGCAAAGAUGCAUCUACACUGCAUUUGAACGGCACACAGCAAAUGACGGCGUUGAUGCCGGAGGAUUCGAGAACGCAAGCGGAAGAAAUCGUUGUACGAUUUAAGACGGCAAGAGCACGCGGCCUUUUGUUAGCGACAAGUCUAGAAAACAGUGCUGAUCGCUUGCAGAUUUAUCUAGAAGAGGGCAAAGCACACGUACAGACUCACAUCGGUGAUCGAGAAAAGAUUUUAGUGGCUGGACAGGGUCUUAACGACGACGUGUGGCAUACAUUGCAAUUUUCCAGACGAUCCACCUCGCUUAAAUUUCAGAUCGAUGAUGAAGUAGCAGUACGAGCUGAGGCGCAGUUGGGAAAGCAGAACGUCUUGGAAUUCCGCACUCUCCACGUGGGCGGAUAUCUUCACGCCGGCGAAGACAUACCACAUUUCGUGGGUCAACUGCAACAGAUCUGGUUCAACGGAUAUCCAUACUUGGAGAUUGCACGCAGCGUUGGGAGCCAUCAAACUUCGCAUCAGGGCAUUACACCCAUUAUCAGGGUCACCGGUAAAUUCGGAAAGAGGAAUCAUCCGGUUCAUCAUCCAGUCACCUUCACUUCCAAGCACACUUUCGUAGGACUUCCGGUACUUAAAGCAUACGUGGAGACCAAUAUCUAUUUCCAGUUUAAAACGCGCGAGGCAAAUGGCUUGAUUCUGUACAACGCCGGAAGGGAACAUGACUUCAUUGCGGUCGAGCUGGUUAACGGACACGUACACUACGUGUUUGACCUAGGCGACGGGGCCGUCAGGGUCAGGGACACUUCGAAGUCCAAAUUGAACGACGGCAAAUGGCACGCCGUCAGCAUCGGUAGACCUGCUUCAAAGAGGCAUACUCUUGCAGUGGACGAUCACGUGACCGCUGUCAACAGCCAAGGCAGCAACGAGAACCUCGAUCUUGAUGGCAUUUUGUACAUAGGUGGAGUAGAAAAGUCGCAGUAUGGCCAGUUACCGAAGCAGAUUCUCAGUCGUCACGGAUUCGAGGGUUGUCUGGCGUCGUUGGAUCUCAGCGGGGAAAGCACUGAUCUUAUUACAGAUGCCGUCGUACCGAGUUCUCUCAUCACAUCCGGAUGUGACAUUUAUACCAACCUGCAUCCUGGCAAGAAGUGCACUCACGAUGUCUGCGCUAAUCAUGGCACAUGCGUACAGCAAUGGAACAGCUACACAUGCGACUGUGAUAUGACAAGUUUUACUGGAGCCACUUGCAAUGAUGAGGCUGUCGCUUACGAAUUUGGAGCUGGAAGAGGAAUUAUCACGUAUACCUUUCCGCCCGAUCGUCGACCAGAAAUGAAGAAAGACACCGUAGCCUUGGGUUUCAUUACUAACGUCAACGAUGCUGUGCUGCUUAGGAUAGAAUCUGCAUCGAGUAACGAUUAUCUUGAGAUCGAAAUUGUGGAAGGCAACGUUUUUGCGGUAUAUAACAUGGGCACCAACGACCAUCCGAUCGGCGAAGUUGGCGUGAAAGUGAACGACAACCAAUAUCACGUAGUGAGAUUCUCCAGAACUGGACCGAACAGCACAUUACAGGUUGAUGACUACAAUCUACAGUCUAAUCAUCCGUCGGGUCAUCAACUAACUGUGUUCAAUAGCCAGUCCACUAUCCAAAUAGGAGGCCGAUGGAAUCGCAGUAAGGGCAGAGUCGAACGACCAUUCUUGGGCGUAAUAGCUGGAUUGGUCGUUAAUGGUGCCAGAAUCUUGGAAUUGGCGGCGGCCAAAGAUGGAAGAGUUAUAACUAGAGGGGAUGUACAGCUUAUGCCAGCUGGAACUCUCGUAGAUCGUACUGCACCACUACAAAGAAUGCAACAGACACCUGCAUCCGGCUCUCCUGGUCUCAUAGACGACCUUAUAUUUUCCGGUGCUGGAAGUGGUUGCGCAGGCGAUGAUGAGGACGAGGAAUGCACUCCAGUUUAUGAACCUGGUUCCGGUAAGUAUGACAUUAUCACACCAGUGUACGUGGCACCUACGCGAUUGCCGACGACGCUAAGACCGAGGCUGCAUAAAGAGAAUAUGCAGGAGCGUCCAUCUUGUGACGACGAGGAAGAUUGCGAGGAAGGCUCCGGCGAUCCCAGAACAACAGAAGAGAUUUUCGUCACUUCAGCCACUGACAUUAGCUCGGUGACAUAUACGACGCCUCGAGAGUACUCGACGAGCCACAGCAGCACACAGACGUCCUCGGCGUCGUCGACAACGUUGACUCACGACGUCAUCACCGUCUCCGUCCAAUACAAUGUGUCAACCACAGACUUCGAAACCAGCCAUGGCAGCAGCGUCGUGACGCAACGGCCAGCAACCGUGACGACCCAGACGACCACGACGGAAAUGACGGAGCCGCCACCGCCGCCACCGCCGCCACUAAAUCCCCCCUUAAGACCUGCAAGAAUCGACAACGGAUAGUUGGAAAAGUGUGUUCAAUCCUAUAAAGGAAUCUUUUGGCUACUGAUAAGAGAGCAAGUUUAGACAAAAAUAAUCUUCGUGGUGCUGUCACGAAAAGGACCGAUCUAUUGCGUUGGAUAUAAAGUUCCCUCGUAUCCUUCUGCAGUGUCUCUGAGAAGAGAUCUGGAGAGCGCGUGGAAAAUCGAUUGGCGAUCGAAAUUAAAAUCCUAAUGAAGCACAUUUUCUUAAAGGACUCAUUCCUCAAGCCGGAAAUCGGUAGAUCAUGCCCUUCCAGAGGGAAGAAUGUCUUCGUAUUUCGACGGAAGGAUGAUGCUAAUUUCGAUCGAAACUCAGAAAAAUUCUCUUUAAUUCUAAUGCGAAUUGACACGGCCACGAAGUAGUAGCGUUCAGAAAAAUAUGUUGAGCUUGUUCUCGCGGAGAGAUCCCAAUGACGCAACACCGAUCGACGAUCCAGCGUUGCUUCUCUUGCUUCCUCGGUGCGAAGUCUUAGAUCAGGAUCGAGACGAGGAUCGAGCAUCGAUCACAAACGUUUCCAAAGAACAUUCUUUCUUUUCUCACUUGUUGUAGAUUUUUUCAGGUCAGUCGGAUACUGCUCGCGAGACUGUUCGAUCCUCCUGUUCGUAUUAUAAUUAGUAAUUUAACGACAGACAGAGAAGACCGAUUUCGUUAAUCGAAGGCUCGGCAUGCAUGAAUGAUGACGUUCAGCGUAGGGCAGUUUUUACUUCAAAACGAUUUCCCGAAGAGGAAUGGGGAAAAGGAGCGGACGCGAGGGUUGUGCUAAAAAUAAGAACGCUGAAGGUAAUAUUAGCAAUGACUGAUUCCGACGAGUCUUAAAAAUCAACUUGAUGAAAUAGAUCAUUUUAUUGUUUCGUGAAUUUUACUUCCAACAUUCUCUCGGCGAACGUGUUGUGUGAGGAUACGUCGAGGAGCACGUUGAUUUUGGUCUUGUAUAGUGAUUUCAUGUUUAUUUAUUCAUUGUAGAGUUAGAUUAUUCAUUAAGAGUUACUAGAUACGAUGUUACUUGAGUAACUUGUACGAUCUUUUAGAUAGGAAACUAUUUUAAACCAAAAUAUAAAUCAUUAAUGUUUCAUAUUGUUUAUUGCUGGAAGAUUUUAUAAAUGUUAUAAAGUUCUAGAAAAAAUUAUUAUCUUUAAGAAGAGUUGUUUUAUAUUAGUCCAUUUGUUAAUUUAAUGCAUAAAUAGAUACAACUUCAUAUUGUAUACACACUCAUUAAUUUUAAACACAAAA